AUGGAAAACAAGGCGCCCACGACUGCCGACAAGGAGGCAGCCAAGCAGUUGGCUGAGGAGGAGCAGGCCCUUAAUCUGAUGAUGCAGCGGCUCAAGCUCCUACACAUCAAGGAACGCAUGCUACGGGACACCAUCCCCACGAUGCUAGAGCCUCUGGUGCAGAAACAUCCAUCGCCAGAUGUCAUGUAUGCCGCCUUCAUGAAGGCUGUCAAUGACGCACAGGCAAAGAUUACCGACUUCACAAACCUCAUGAGGGACGAGACCAGCACCGAGGCCUUUGCCCGCGCCAAAAAGAGCAGAGAGGAGAGACCGCUGGGCAUCACGCCUUGGAGGCACGGAGAUUACCCGGGCUGGUUUGAUUUGGAUAAGCCCUGGACGGCAUAA